AAUGCACACACACACACACAGACGCGCGCAUACGGGUGAAACGUUCGAUGCGGCAGUGGGAAGUCUUCUUCCGUUAACCGUCGAAGAAAAUGUUGCUCUCGGUAAAGCUCCCAGCGCCCCCGAAGAUCUACAAAGAGCACCAGAAGUUGAUAUUAAAAGAAGUUCUCCCACCCCUCCUCUUCAACUACGACCACCCAAAAUUCCAACGAGAAUAUACGAUAGAAAAGCAUCUAUGCCCAUAUGCGAUAGUAAACCUUUACCCAUUGAUACAGACCGCUUUCAAAUUAGACGUUAUAACUCAGUGCCAAAUGAGGAUGACGAUGGUUGUCCUAAACAGAACACAGACGUCAACUCAUUAGUAAAAAGAGGGAGAUUAUGGGCACAAAGACAUCAGCGCCGACUAGUGCAUAAGUCAGGAGAAACUAAUCUAACUUUUACAAAUGUCUCCCAAAGGCGACGUCGAUUUAUGUUAGACCUAUUUACAACUCUACUAGAUCUUCAAUGGAGUUAUACAUUACUUUUGGGCGUAUUCAUAUUUAUUAUGUCAUUCCUAUUAUUCGCCGUUGCCUGGUAUCUCAUCUGCUGGUGGAACGAAGACACCGCUAGACUAUUCGAAGAUGAAGCGGAAUUAGAUUAUGCCUGUGUUCAAUACGUCAAUGACUUCGCCUCUUCCUUCCUUUUUUCUAUAGAAACUCAGCACACAAUCGGCUACGGGAGGCGAGUUAUCAAUACAAGGUGCAAAAUCGCUAUCUUCCUAUUAUGCUGUCAGACAUGUUUCGGGCUACUCAUUCAAUCACUGCUCACUGGCUUGAUAUUUGCAAAAUUAUCAAGACCAAGGAGACGAGGUGAAACAAUUAUGUUCUCAAAAAAUGCUGUAAUUUGCAUACGUGACGGUGAAUACUGUUUGGUUUUUAGAGUCGGAGAUAUGAGACAUUCUCAAUUAGUUGCCGUUACAGUUCGAGCUAUAAUAGUUAAAAAUAAAAUGACAAGGGAAGGAGAAACGCUUCCUCUCUAUCAGCAAACGAUAAAGGUGCAUAAUGAAAAAUCAGAUGAUAACGAGGUAUUCUUAGCCUGGCCAUCAACUGUUGUGCAUAAAAUUAACUCUGAAUCUCCUCUAUUUGAUGUUAGUGCUGAUAGUUUAUUCUCUGAAUCUUUUGAAUUAAUAGUAAUACUCGAAGGAACUAUUGAGUCCUCCGGUAUGGUCACUCAGGUAAGAACGUCUUACCUACCGUGUGAGAUUCUUUGGGCUCAUCGUCUAUCUCCACUAAUAACUUAUCAGAAGGAUAAUGGAAAAUAUAAAAUUGACUAUUCGAGCUUUCACGAAACAACGCCUGUACUUAAUAUGCCUGACUGUUCUGCCAGAGAACUAGCCGCAAAACCUCCUUCACGAAGCCCUGUAAGUGGAACAGACCACGAUUGGGGUACAUUAUCCGUUCGACGGAGAAGUCCAAUAUCAUCAUCCAGAGUGACAUUAGGUUUCUCCACAAGGAAAGCAUCACUUUCCGGUAUGAAAAGAAUGUUUAGCCUUAAUAAAUUUCGUAGAGGAUCUCUAAAACAAGAACGCCAGAAAAAGCGAUCAGACAAGAACAAACAACUAGACAAUGACAACAAUUCAACUUGA